CCCGGGUUCGGAUCUCUCUCUCCCUCUCUAUCUCCGUACUUUUUGUAUGAACUGCAAACAGGAAACCCCUCAACUCAAUCCCUCAAAACACAUCACUCAUUUGUUGUCUCUCUUCUUUGUUCAAACUUUACCCGGCAAAACAUCAAUUCAAUUCAUACCCUAAUAAAUACACGUUCUUCUCUCUCUCUCUCUCUCUCUCUAUAUAUAUACAUCAUCACUAUAAUAUGUAGAGUAGAAUAUAUACACACACAAACCCCUCUUCUCUCUCUCUCUCUAUAUAUAUAUAUAUAUAUCAUCUUCUGUAUAGCAUUUGAAGUUAGAGAGAGAAAGUGAUGGCAUCAGGUGGCGGUGGUGGCGGUUACAGGAACGGCAUUCACAAGGCGGCGGUGAAGGUGGAUCGGCCGUUCUCUGCUCCGUCGAACCUCCGACCUUCUUCUUCCUUCAAAUCGAAGCUUCCUCCGGCGCCGGCGACUGCCAAUGGCCGCCGUAGCAGCCCUGGCUCCCACGGCGGAGCCGACUCCGUUUCCGGAAGAGUACGAGUGGCUGUGAGAUUGCGACCUCGAAAUGAUGAGGAGCUGGUGGCAGAUGCAGAUUUUGCAGAUUGUGUGGAAUUGCAGCCAGAGCUUAAAAGGUUGAAACUUCGAAAGAACAAUUGGGAUUCAGAUACCUAUGAAUUUGAUGAGGUGCUCACUGAAUUUGCAUCACAGAAGCGUGUCUAUGAAGUUGUCGCAAAGCCUGUUGUGGAGAGUGUUCUGGACGGUUACAAUGGGACAGUGAUGGCAUAUGGUCAGACAGGUACAGGGAAGACUUACACUCUUGGACGGCUGGGUGAUGAAGACACUUCUGCUCGUGGUAUCAUGGUUCGUGCAAUGGAGGAUAUACUAGCAGAUAUCUCUCUGGGGACUGAUUCUAUCUCUGUCUCAUACUUGCAGCUUUAUAUGGAGACGAUCCAGGAUCUCCUAAAUCCAGCAAACGAUAAUAUUGCCAUUGUUGAAGAUUCAAAAACUGGUGAUAUUUCUCUACCAGGUGCAACCCUUGUGAAAAUCCGAGAUCAGCAGAGUUUUUUGGAGCUACUACAAUUAGGGGAAGUUCAUCGAUUUGCUGCUAACACGAAGUUGAAUACUGAAUCUUCUCGUAGUCAUGCUAUUCUCAUGGUACAUGUCAAGAAGUCUGUCUUGGGAAGAGAAGCUACUUUUCCAAAUGAAAAUCACAACCCUUCUCACUCAGUUAAUAAUUUUAAGCCACCUGUUAUUCGGAAAGCCAAGCUGAUUCUUGUAGAUCUUGCUGGUUCUGAGCGAAUUCACAAGUCAGGAAGUGAGGGACAUAUGCUAGAGGAAGCCAAAUCUAUCAAUCUAUCACUAAGUGCAUUAGGAAAGUGCAUAAAUGCUCUGGCAGAAAAUAGCGCUCAUGUUCCAGUUCGAGACUCAAAGCUGACAAGGUUGCUUAGAGAUUCAUUUGGAGGUUCAGCAAGAACUUCAUUAAUUGUGACAAUCGGCCCAUCUCCACGCCAUCGAGCAGAGACUGCGAGUACCAUAUUGUUUGGACAAAGGGCGAUGAAGGUGGAGAAUAUGUUGAAAAUUAAGGAGGAAUUUGAUUACAAAAGUUUGUCUAGAAGGCUUGAGAUACAAUUGGACAAACUCGUUGUGGAUAACGAGAGGCAGCAGAAAGCUUUUGAGGAUGAAAUUGAAAGAAUUACUUUAGAAGCACAAAGUCGUAUCUCUGAAGCUGAAAGUAACUUUGCAGACGCAUUAGAGAGAGAGAGAAUGAACUGUCAGAUGGAUUAUAUGGAAUCAAUUAAAAAGCUCGAAGAAAAGUGGGUGCUGAAUCAACAAAAGCAUGGCAAUAAUGGCUUCAUAAACGGCACUUAUAAUGGAGAGGGGCAUGUGGGCUCUGUCAAUGAGGAAGUUUCUGAGGUCAAAAAGUUGCUUCAAGGUGAAAUAACUUUGAGAAAGGCGGCUGAAGAGGAGAUUGGCAUUCUCAGAAAUCAACUAGAUGAACUUAUGCCAUCAGAGGCAGGUGGAAAUGCAGAUGUUAUGAAGCUUCAAGGAUUGCUCGAAGAUGAAACACAUCAGAGAAAGAGACUUGAAGAAGAAGUAAUGAUAUUACAAAGUCAGUUGUCACAAUUGUCUUUUGAAACUGAUCAGACUAGGAAUCUGGAUAGAGGCAGGCUUGGGAAUGUCUUUACUUGUGGAGGUUCUGUGUCUAAUGUUGGACAUUCACCUCUCAAAGAUGUGGCUAAUGGACGCGGAGCAUUAAUAACCAGUCUCCAUGAACAAGUUGGAUUGCAAAAGAUCUUCUCAUUGCUGGAGUCUGAAGAUCCUAAUGUACGGCUUCAUGCUGUAAAAGUAGUGGCCAACCUAGCAGCUGAAGAAACAAAUCAGGAAAGGAUUGUUGAAGCUGGUGGGCUCACUUCCUUGUUGAUGCUUCUUAGAAGGUUGGAGGAUGAAACUGUUCGCAGAGUAGCUGCUGGUGCAAUUGCGAACCUUGCUAUGAAUGAAGCCAAUCAAGAACUUAUAAUGGCUCAAGGUGGAAUUGGUCUAUUGGCAACGACAGCAGCUGAUGCUGAGGAUCCUCAGACUUUACGCAUGGUUGCUGGAGCUAUUGCUAAUCUAUGUGGCAAUGAUAAGUUACAAACAAGGCUGAGGUCUGAAGGUGGUGUUAAGGCAUUGCUAGAAAUGGUGAGAUGUAGACAUCCAGACGUGCUCGCCCAGGUUGCGCGAGGAAUUGCAAAUUUUGCAAAAUGCGAGUCUCGAGGAUCUACUCAUGGGACAAAAACUGGAAAAUCUCGUUUGAUAGAAGAUGGUGCACUUCCAUGGAUUGUACGAAACUCCAAUAAUGAAGCAUCACUAAUCAGGCGUCACACUGAGCUAGCACUUUGCCACUUGGCACAACAUGAAGUGAAUGCAAAAGACAUGAUUAGUGGAGGUGCUCUUUGGGAGCUAGUUCGAAUUUCACGCGAAUGUUCUCGAGAGGACAUAAAGACUCUUGCUCGUCAGACUCUGACUUCCAGUCCAACCUUCCAAGCCGAGUUGCGGCGACUACGGAUAGAGUUAUAGUUACUCCCACAAGCAUAGCUGAUCCAAGGGCAUUAUACAAAACCCUCGAAGCAGUGUGCUCGAGAGAUGCAUAAUUAUAUCUGUGCCAGAUAACGAGGCAUAGGGGCAUCUGCAAACCAUUGGAGAAUUUUUGAGCUGAGGUCGGACUAGGGUUUAAGGUAAUUGCUUAACAUUCUCAUAAUUUGUAGGAAUAUAACCCUAUUGCAUCUGCUUCGGUGUUGACCUUGUAUAAAACCCUAAUGAAUUGAAAAUGUCAUAAUAUUUUGUUGUGUAAAAUACUUGAGAGCAAAUAUAAAACAUACUGUUAUUUAAUAGUUGUCA